GAGUAGCCCAGGGUGGCUAACUGUGGUCUAGACAUGUCAGAGAACUGACAAGUAAUGCUAACUUGUCCGCAGUAGUUAGGGAGUUAUCAGAAAAGUGCCUGGAAGCCUAAAGGAAGGAUUUUAGAGCGUGAACCUCCUGCCACGUGGCCCGUGUUGAGGGUUCUGGAACCAGUACAACGUAACGGAUCCCAGACCUGUGAUAUCUGACUGGUAGCUAGCAUUAGCCGGCUAGCUCCCGAAAAGUAACGUCAGGGCUCGUUUCAUACAGUCAUGUCUGCGGCCGGAGACUUCGGGAACCCUUUAAGGAAAUUUAAACUGGUCUUCCUCGGGGAACAGAGCGUGGGAAAGACUUCGCUGAUCACCAGGUUCAUGUAUGACAGCUUCGACAACACUUACCAAGCCACAAUAGGAAUAGAUUUCCUGUCGAAAACAAUGUACCUUGAAGACCGAACAAUCAGGUUGCAGUUGUGGGACACGGCGGGGCAGGAGCGGUUUCGUAGCCUCAUCCCGAGCUACAUCAGAGACUCUGCUGCAGCUGUCGUAGUGUACGACAUCACAAAUGUCAACUCCUUCCAGCAAACCACAAAAUGGAUUGAUGAUGUGAGAACGGAGAGAGGGAGUGAUGUCAUUAUCAUGUUGGUGGGAAACAAGACAGACCUUGCAGACAAAAGGCAAGUAUCUAUUGAAGAGGGUGAGCGGAAAGCCAAAGAACUAAAUGUAAUGUUUAUUGAGACUAGUGCGAAAGCAGGCUACAACGUAAAGCAGCUUUUCCGGCGUGUUGCAGCCGCCCUCCCUGGCAUGGAUACCACACAGGACAAGAGUAGAGAGGACAUGAUCGAUAUAAAGCUGGAGAAGCCACCAGAGCUACCUGUCAGCGAUGGAGGAUGUUCCUGUUAAUGCCAGCUUAUGUCAUUGCUUGAUAUUUCUCUCCUGGCUCUUUCUUAAACCCAGUUUGUUUUUCUGUACCUGUACCUUUCACUGCACCCCUUUCUGCACCCCAGCCUGAAAGAGUUUAGACACUACAGCCGUUAUACUUUCCUUUGUGAAAAAAAACCGCUCUGAAAGGACUUUCUGGAAGUCGUAAAUCACUGACAGUGAAUAUUUGCACUGUAACCCACAUACGAUAAAACUCUAUUCACAGGUGUCUGUCAUUUCAAACAGAAGUCACAGUGAUGUAGUUUGUGUUUAAAAAUGACCUUUUGAACCAAUCUGAAAAAAAAGUUAAAUAAUGCUUUAAACUUAAUACGCACAAUGUGGGUGUUGUGCGCAUUUGUAAGUAAACAUAAUUUGUGCUGUUGCUAUCGACUGGCAAGGACUCAUUCAUGUAUCUGUUCCUUUUUUUCACUGUCUGGAAUAAUUUAUGGAAAAGGUUGCAGAGUUGUGCUGAGGAGAAUUAAUUGGGGCUUACGUUGACACGUAUACUGUACACCCACGAUGCCAGAGCUUUGUGGUGCUUGUACUGGCAGAGUCAGUUAUCCCAACAUGUACCAGCAAGAUAUGACAAGUGAACAUCACAGAAUGGUCUCAGACCAGCACAAACACAUGACACCUACUACAAAACCAACACUAUCACUACACCAUCCACAUUACCGUCCUUCCUCUUUUCCCACACUUUAUUUUUACCUUGGCUUCCAUUUUCUAUUACCAUUUGAAUAGAUCUUUAAUUAUUUUUUUUUCUAAAGACUACAGAUAUAGAUUAAACUAUUUCUUGGAAGAUAGUGUUGGAGAAAGAUAUUCUCGUAUAUUAAGAGUCAUAAUCAUAAAACCCACUGUAAACAUUAGAGAUGGAGAUAUAUGCCUUUUGGAGUUCAAUUGUAGAGGGCUUCCUUGGCUUUGGGUUUAUAUAGGUAAGUUUGGUAUGUUUGAUGAACACUUUAAAUACUUUUUUUUUUUUCUUUUGCUUGUUAAUUUGUUGGUAUUGAUUUUCUUGUUAGUGAUUAUUCUACAUGUGUAUUUAAUCCACAAUGACUUGUAAUAUUUAUUUCAAUUGGACUCAUAUUUCUUUUUUUUAUGGCUGUUUAUUAAUAGCUUCACUUUUGGCGCAAGUCCCGAAUCACUAAUAAAAUAUGCAUCCAUCUUGACCACCUUCAGCAGAAAGAGUGGAGAGCCUCUGCUGUACGAUCUACCACCUCUAAAUGGCAAUUUGAUCUUACUCAUAAUACAGUGCAAUUAUUGUGUGAACUUAAACGGAGGAGAGUCUGAUUUGUAUAGCAUAGUAGCCCCUAACGUUUCUGUCUGGAAUGGUUUUAAAUGAAAAAAUAAAAAUACACUUGUCACUUCU